AUGUCGAGCUAUCGCAUCGCGGUUUCGGACGAGAAGCUCGUCUCGUUGAAGAUCAAGCUGGCUCAGGCUGAAUUCCCAGACGAAGUUGAUGAUGCGGAAUGGAACUAUGGUACUCCGCUUGCAGACGUCAAACGCCUUGUAAAGCAUUGGCGGACCCAAUAUGACUGGCGACAACACGAGGUAGAGUUGAAUAACCUUCCAAACUAUCACACAACGAUCAAGGUCAAAGGCUUCGGCGAGCUAGACAUCCACUAUCUGCAUCAACCAUCUGGGAAUUCCGAUGCCAUUCCGCUUUUAUUCGUCCAUGGAUGGCCCGGAAGCUACAUUGAGGUUACCAAGAUGCUGAAUGACCUGCGUGAAAGCAACAAUGGGGUUUCCUUCAACGUGGUARCACCAAGUCUCCCGAACUUCGGAUGGUCUCAGGGAUGCACGAAGAAGGGAUUUGGCCUGGCACAAUACGCYGAGACUUGCGAUCAGCUCAUGACWCAGCUGGGUUACAAGAAAUACGUGACACAAGGCGGGGAUUGGGGCAUGUACAUCACAAGAGCAAUAGGCUUGCGAUACCCUCAGCGAUGUCUGGCAUCGCACAUCAACAUGAUCAGAGCCAGUCCUCCGACGUUUGGAAAACAUCCAAUCUURGCACUACAGCAUGCCUUGACUCCCUACAGCGAAGCGGAUAAGAAGGGCUUUGAGAGGUCGGAGUGGUUUGUUAAUGAAGGCAGUGGCUACCGAGCACUUCAGAGCACCAAGCCACAGACUCUCGGCUAUGCGUGGCAGGACUCGCCAGUGGCUCUACUCGCGUGGAUCACCGAAAAGCUACAUGACUGGACUGAUGAUUAUUCAUGGACCGACGACGAGAUCUUGACGUGGGUCYCAAUCUAUUACUUUAGUACAGCAGGACCUGCAGCCAGUGCGAGGAUCUACUAUGAAGCUGUCCAUUGCACGGCUGAUGGCAUUUCCCGGGAAAGACUCCAGCAGUGGAUUCCAAAGGUCAAGCUGGGUCUGUGCCACAGUMCGAAGGAACUCACGGUUGUCCCGUCUACCUGGGCCCGAACGCUCGGACCAAUUGCUUACGAAGAUCGCAAGGAGAAGGGCGGUCACUUCAUGGCCUGGGAGCAACCGAAAGAGAUUGUCAAAGAUCUACGAGCCAUGUUCGGCGAGGGCGGGAAAUGCUACAAGAUUGUGGGGCAUACAUCGUCCAAAUUGUGA